CGGGCCGGGGAGGAGUCAACAUGGUGGGGAAGCUGCCCUGUGGGUGUGGGGGACGGCGGCCAGGGCUCUGGUCAGUUGUCUCCACUCUGCCGAGCAGGAAGGAGAAGUGGCCCGACCCCUUGGCAGUCCCUCCCCGCAGCCUUUCCCCACAUUACUUCCCUGGGGCUCCGGUCCCUCACUUGCUCAACUCCAGCUCGGCUCCGCCAGCGUGAGGCCUCCCGACGGGAUUGCACCGUCCUCCCUUCCCAGCAAGGGGGCUCCAGAGACUGCCCCAGCCAGGCAGUCUGGUGGCCUGGGGGAUUCGGUGGGUCUGCUCCUCAGCACUGGCCUGGGGCUCUGUGUGACAGCCCCCUUGGUAAUGUCCAGGGCUCCGGGAAGAGAUGUCCUUGUGGCUGGAGGCCCCUGUGCCUGAUGCUUCUCCUGACUCUGCAGUGGAGCUGUGGGAGCCAAAUGCACAAGAUGCCGGCAGCCAGGCGCUGGGAGGCAACACUGGCGUCCUCAGGGAGGAAGCCAGCACUCCCCAAUCUGCUGGGGGCUCUCUGGGGGCAGGGCUGGAGGCAGCAGAGCCCACAGUCCUGCUCCCUGGGGUGGAUACCCCUCCAGAGUCUACAGAGCUGCGUCCACAAAAGCGGAAAAAGGGGCCAGCCCCCAAAAUGCUGGGGAACGAGCUGUGCAGUGUGUGUGGGGACAAGGCCUCCGGUUUCCACUACAACGUGCUGAGCUGUGAGGGCUGCAAGGGCUUCUUCCGCCGCAGCGUUAUCAAAGGGGCGCGCUAUGUCUGCCACAGCGGGGGCCACUGCCCCAUGGACACCUACAUGCGCCGCAAGUGUCAGGAGUGUCGUCUUCGAAAAUGCCGCCAGGCCGGCAUGCGGGAGGAGUGUGUCUUGUCCGAAGAGCAGAUCCGCCUGAAGAAACUGAAGCGGCAAGAGGAGGAACAGGCUCAGGCCACGUCCAUGACCCCAAGGGUGUCCUCACCUCCCCAAGUCCUGCCCCAGCUCAGCCCCGAGCAGCAAGGCAUGAUUGAGAAGCUGGUGGCCGCCCAGCAACAGUGCAACCAACGCUCUUUCUCUGACCGGCUUCGAGUCACGCCUUGGCCCAUGGCACCCGAUCCCCAGAGCCGGGAGGCCCGGCAGCAGCGCUUUGCCCACUUCACCGAGCUAGCCAUCGUCUCCGUGCAGGAGAUCGUUGAUUUUGCCAAACAGCUGCCUGGCUUCCUGCAGCUCAGCCGGGAGGACCAGAUUGCCCUGCUGAAAACCUCUGCGAUCGAGGUGAUGCUUCUGGAGACAUCUCGGAGGUACAACCCCGGGAGUGAGAGUAUCACCUUCCUCAAGGAUUUCAGUUAUAACCGGGAAGACUUUGCCAAAGCAGGGCUGCAGGUGGAGUUCAUCAACCCCAUCUUCGAGUUCUCCAGAGCCAUGAAUGAGCUGCAACUCAAUGAUGCCGAGUUUGCUUUGCUCAUUGCCAUCAGCAUCUUCUCUGCAGACCGGCCCAACGUGCAGGACCAGCUCCAGGUAGAGAGGCUGCAACACACAUAUGUGGAGGCCCUGCAUGCCUAUGUCUCCAUCCACCACCCCCAUGACCGACUGAUGUUCCCACGGAUGCUAAUGAAACUGGUGAGCCUGCGGACACUGAGCAGUGUCCAUUCAGAGCAAGUGUUUGCACUGCGCCUGCAGGACAAAAAGCUUCCCCCGCUGCUCUCUGAGAUCUGGGAUGUGCACGAAUGACGGCUCUUCCACCCACCCCCAUCCCCCAUAUCUUCUGUUUUCUGGGCUGGAAGGCUGAGGCGCCUGGCUGCUUCCUAGAGGUGAAGCAGACUGAGAAGGGCAAACAUUCCUGGGAGCCGGGCAAAGGAGAUCCUCAUGUGGCAUUAAAGGAGAGUCAAAGGGUUGGGAGUUUGUGGCUGCUGGGCAGUGGAGGGUCCUGCUAAAACUGUGCUCCAUUUGAAGACUGUACUGCCAC